GCGACUAUGAAGCAGAACAUCUCCCUUUACAAGCGAAAUUCGCCCUAGGACGUUAGCGGCAGAGGUGGCACCAGUGACGACACAGAUGUCACAAAAACCCCGCUCUCAGAGUACAUAAGGGCUGUCUCGCUCGCCGAGAGCCCUCAAGAAUCUUUACCACGAACACCCACAUACUCAACCUUUAUUUCACGCAUUACAAUGGCUCAGUACGUCCAAGGCGACAAGGUCGAGUACCGUCCCAUCGGUGGCUCCUCUGACAACGUCGCCCACUCGACCGGCAUCAUCGAGAAGAUCUGGCAGGCUGAGGAUGGGACCACCCGCUACACCAUCAAGAACGAGAACACCGGCAAGACCACCGACUACCAGGAGAUGAAUAUUGUCGGCAAAGCCUAG